AUGCUGCCCUCGCAUACCCGGCUAAUAUGUCGCGCCCAUAAUCGCUUCAAUCCAUCAAUUGCCCUGUGGCAGCACUUUGUCCAAGCCAAUCCGUCCAAACCCCGCGACCGGCGUCAGCUCUCCACUGCAACACCAGCUGUGCAAGAUGAUACCACCACCGAUAGCAAGCAUGUCGAACCAGAGUCCCCAAGUCCUCCAGAGGCUCGCGACCCUCAUGGAUCCGAAGCAGAAACGGGAGAGGUGGCAGAAGAGCCGAGCGCAGAGUCAUGGACACUGAGGAAGAUGACAACAACCAAAGGGCAGUGGUUGCCCAGUAAGGCCGACGCGUCAAUUGCAAAAAAUAAAGAAUUGCGAUCCGCAAGUCCAAAGGCCUUGCUCAAAGAGCGUGGUAAACUGCUGGCCAAUGCAAGAAGCGCGUUCCGCAAGUCGAAGAGUUACACAGGCGUCAUUGUGAAGCCCAUGAUGAACGAGACGCCUAUCAAGGAAAGCACGCUUCCAUGGUGUUUGAACAAGGCGGACAGAGCAAUCCCAGGAAUGCAACGGUUGCAGUCGGAAAUUACAAGAUUUCACAAAUACACAACGCCCGAUCGACACGAAAUCCUCGCUAGGAAACAUCUCAUCCAACAGGUGCGCAACCACCUUGGGACAUGGAUUCCAGAAUACAAAGUUGAAGUGUUCGGUUCGGAACGAACUGGUUUAGGCAUGCCCUUAUCAGACAUCGACUUCAGGUUGGUACCGGAGUCGGAAGCGCUAGACCCCGCGCAGGCCAAACUUCCACCAAGUGUGGAACAGCGAAGGGAAAAUAUCAAGAUACUGCAGAGGUUAUACAAUAACAGUCUCCGCAAAGACAAGGCGUAUAUAUUGCCUGUAGUUCGUCACGCACGUUAUCCCCUCAUCAGUGCGCAGGAUCGCCGUUCGGGCUUGGAUAUCCAGAUUGUACUUUCAAACGACACGUCAAUCUCGAGAGUUAUCAUGCAGGGUUACAUGGACGAGAUACCCUACUUACGGGAAUUGUACUGGGUGGUCAAGACCAUUUUCGACACAAGGGGCUUAUCAGACGUGUUUCGGGGCGGGUUUGGGUCAUAUUCGCUAUUUAUGAUGGUUGUCGCUAGCAUAAAACAUGCGCCGGAACCUCCAAAAGAUUCCGCGCAUGCUCUCCUCAACUUUCUCCGCUUCUGGGGCAGUUUCGACACGACGAAGCAGGGCAUCUCUAUUGAACCCGCUUUCUUCUACGACAAGGCGGAGUACCCUGUCCUUACUGAUACGCAAAGAGCCAAGCUGAAGAAUGGAGAAGCUAAACCCCUUCCCGACUACAUGCUCUCCCUCCGUGACCCCGCCGAUGAAACCAACGACCUCGGUCGCAAAGGCAUAGCCAUCAAGCACGUCCAAGUCACACUCCGAGAUCUACACUAUCAACUCGUUUUCGACACAAAAGUGAACACACGACCAUCUAUACUCGGUCCUCUCGUAGGCAGCUCGUACAUGCUGCAACUCGAACGCCGUCGCAGACUAAAAGGGUACGGUCAGUUUCUAGAGCAACAAGAACAGAGGACGCUAUCUCAAAAGGCAAAGGCGGUUAGAGAGGCGGAUCGACUGGGGCAGUCGAUACCAGAACAAGCUAUGGAUGAAGGCAUUCAGGAGACGGACACUGAAGAGGAAGAGGCUCUAAAGAAAGAGAUUGCAGAAGAAGAGACCAAACAACGGCUGGCAAGAGAGCAACGGGAUAGGGAAUGGCAGCGGCUUGCAGAUGAGAGGAACGAGCGGCUAAGAAACGAAGCAGAAAAGACAUCAGUGCUUGAGCACGGUGAUGCUGUGGCUUCUAUUCUAGGUAUGCCAGCAGUCGAGGAGGAUGCACAAACCAAAGACAACAGUGUACAAGGACAAGGGGACGAGUUGAAAAAAGCUUAG